CAUGACGACCUCAGGAAAAGAGAAUUUCCGGCUGAAGAGCUACAAGAACAAAUCUUUAAACCCUGACGAGAUGCGUCGCAGGCGGGAGGAAGAGGGUCUUCAGCUGCGGAAGCAAAAGAGAGAGGAGCAGUUGUUUAAACGUCGAAAUGUUGCAACAGCUGAGGAAGAAGCAGAGGAGGAAGUGAUGUCAGAUGGUGGCUUCCAUGAGGCUCAGAUGAACAACAUGGAGAUGACUUCUAGUGCAGUCAUCACCUCCGAUAUGAUUGAGAUGAUUUUCUCCAAUAGUCCAGAACAGCAGCUUUCAGCCACACAAAAAUUCCGAAAGCUUCUUUCUAAAGAACCAAAUCCCCCAAUAGAUGAAGUCAUAAGCACACCAGGAGUUGUGGCCAGGUUUGUGGAGUUCCUCAAACGAAAAGAAAACUGUACAUUACAGUUUGAAGCUGCGUGGGUGCUGACAAAUAUUGCCUCGGGAAAUUCACUUCAGACUCGGAUAGUGAUCCAAGCAGGAGCCGUCCCCAUCUUCAUAGAGCUGCUUAGUUCAGAGUUUGAAGAUGUACAGGAACAGGCAGUAUGGGCUCUUGGCAACAUAGCUGGAGACAGCACUAUGUGCAGAGACUAUGUAUUGGACUGUAAUAUCCUGCCCCCUUUAUUGCAAUUACUUUCAAAACAGAACCGUCUCACUAUGACCCGAAAUGCUGUAUGGGCUCUGUCCAACCUCUGCAGAGGGAAAAAUCCUCCUCCUGAUUUUGCCAAGGUUUCACCUUGUCUUAGUGUGCUUUCCUGGCUGCUCUUUGUCAAUGAUACAGAUGUAUUAGCUGAUGCCUGCUGGGCUUUGUCCUAUUUGUCUGAUGGUCCCAAUGAUAAAAUCCAGGCUGUGAUUGAUGCAGGAGUCUGCAGAAGACUUGUGGAAUUGCUGAUGCACAAUGACUACAAAGUUGUAUCUCCUGCCUUACGAGCUGUUGGGAACAUCGUCACAGGAGAUGAUAUCCAGACCCAGGUAAUUCUGAAUUGUUCAGCCCUGCAGAGUUUACUGCACUUGCUAAGCAGCCCAAAAGAAUCUAUCAAAAAGGAAGCAUGUUGGACAAUAUCUAAUAUAACAGCUGGAAACAGAGCCCAGAUCCAGACAGUCAUAGAUGCCCAUAUCUUUCCAGCUCUUAUAAAUAUUUUGCAAACGGCCGAGUUUCGGACAAGGAAGGAAGCUGCUUGGGCAAUCACGAAUGCAACAUCUGGAGGCUCUGCUGAACAGAUCAAGUAUCUAGUAGAACUGGGAUGCAUCAAACCACUCUGCGACCUCCUUACAGUAAUGGACUCAAAGAUUGUGCAAGUAGCACUAAAUGGGCUGGAGAACAUCCUGAGGCUUGGAGAGCAGGAAUCCAAACGCAGUGGCACUGGCAUUAAUCCGUACUGCGCUCUUAUUGAAGAAGCGUAUGGCCUGGACAAGAUUGAGUUCCUGCAGAGCCAUGAGAAUCAAGAGAUUUAUCAGAAGGCCUUUGAUCUGAUUGAGCACUACUUUGGAACAGAGGAUGAAGACAGCAGCAUUGCCCCACAGGUGGAUCUCAACCAGCAACAGUACAUCUUCCAGCAGUGUGAGGCUCCCAUGGAAGGCUUCCAGCUCUGAGGUGCUCCUGUGCUGUGUGCUCCUCUACCUAGCCAAUCCUGUUGUCGAGCCACAAGCCACCCGUGGAGUGAUUCUCUCAAUGUUUUCCAUAACCCUGUUUGCGCUCAUUCGCUUGCCUUGUGCACAUGCUCUUACAUACGUCUGGAAAACUUUUGGCUCUCCGUGGCAGGAUGCUCCCUCCUUGGCAAGGGGUCGCCAGAAUCACCCUUCUCCUCUAGAUUCUGAACCUCUCCACUGUCAUCUUCGUGGAGUUGAGGCACCUUUCUAUACGUUGAGAUAUUUCCUGCUCCUAUUACAGGAAAAUGAUCCCUCCUCCAUACCCCCCACACUCCUGGCAUCCGAGAUAAGGCUGCCUUUCUCUUGUAUUUGCUGCAGUGUGUGCCUGCAGUCCAGGGAGACAUUCGGACUUUCUGAGAACGUAGCUGAAUUCAUUCCCCAUAAUUUUCCCCGGAUGCCUCUUUGGAUGGCUGUGUGAGAUGCGUUAAAUCUUCACAUGCAAUGUAUCUACUUUGCUGUAUGUGCCAGCUGGGGUUAUUGGCAUAUAGAACAUGUUACAAAGAAUGGAGUAAGUUCUCUAUCCACUGCAACAACAGGCUGCAAAUGGACAUGUUUUCUGGUUCUUAAGAACACUGAACACAUCUGGCCCCAUCCCUUUUCAACACUGAGCUCCCAAGCUGGAUUGCAGACCACUGUGGAGAUUUGUAUACCUUCCCAAGUCUUUCCUCUCCAUCCGCAAAAAAAGAGCCUGUGAAUAGGUCACUCUUACCACCUCCCCAGAAAUGACUUUCCAAACCAGCUUCUAGAAUGGAGAAACUGCCCCCACUUCUGCUUGCCAGCACAGUAUGGUCCACCUGGGCCUUCCUUAGAAGUCAAGCCCUUUCUGACUUCAUGCUCCAGAGUCUGGUCCUCGGCAUUAUAGUUACGGCUGAAAAGUUCCUGUCUGCCUCUUUACAUUUUUACGCAGCGUGACUUGAACAGAUUUAUCUUCUGAAAAAUUACCUUCUGAAUACAGAAAUCUUAAUUUGUAAAACUUAGCACAAGGAGCGUUAGAUCUCCUUUUCAUUUUCACAAGACAAGAGCUUCCUCUCCAGCUCACCUGAUAAAAUAAAGUCCUCCUGGUCAAGCCCCGUAUUUAACAACUAAAAUGACACUACAUUCAAAGGAUAGUAAUAUUACACAUGGAUCCGCCCGGCCCUUUCAUUUCAUUUUUCCCUUUUGCUGUUUACGGGACUUCAGGUGAAUUAGCAUGGAACGCAUGGUUCCUACAGGUGACAUCUAUAAGACAUCGCUGACUGCAUGACAGCUGUCAUCUGCAGCUGUAGACUGCCCUUCUGCUAGCAGCAUGUUCUUGGCUCCGCAACCUGCUUGGAUCGCAGACAUCUGAUGCAAAGGCCAGCCACUCCUCACUGACUUCAGCUGACAUUGACACCAAACUCUUCACCCAACUGGGGAGAUGCCACGUGAUUGAAAGUGGCAGUUCCAUUUCUGUAAAUGCAAUGGAUUCUCCAGGCCGUCCGCUCCCCCCUGCAUCGGGCUAUGUUCUUUCAAGCCAUUUUGGACGCUUGGAACACACAUUUGUCCAGUGUAAACAUUUCAAAAUGGCAAAUGACAACCACAGCGUCGUGUACCUGUGGUAAAUGUUAGUGGCAGAACUGUCUGCAAGGUCCUCCUUAUGACUCCUCUCAGUGACAAGCCACUGCAAAAGCAAAACCAGCCCAUUGGAUACAGAAUAAUAGAAAUAAUAUAAAUCACUUGUCAAACUGCUGAAAGAAGCUAGGCAAAGGCCUGAACAUCAGCUCUGUGUGACCAUUAUUUAAAUACAGUCUUCAGUUCUGUUUGUGCUUCAGGAUGGAGACUGACCUGUGUGGCCACUGCAGAGGCCACCUGCUGCCUCCCUAGCUAAACCAGUUGGCCUCUACCUUCCCUCUCCCGGUUAUUUUCUCUAGUGCUGCUUUGUGCUGAAGGAACAUUUAGUUUACUGCACUUGAUCUGUAAAUGGACUUCGAUUCUUUGUAAUUUUAGGGGGUUAAAUUUGGUGGUUAAUUUAAACAAAGCAAAAAAACCCCUCAAUGUUGCCUUUACAUCACAUAUAAAUAACUGUGUUUCUCUUUUCUUGAAGGGUGAUAGAAGCACUGAUUAGUAGCAAAAUCUUGUUUUAGCUUUUGGAUUUUUUUGUGCUGGAUUUUUUUACGUGUAAAUUUCCAAUAACAUGUCAUUUCUAUAAGAUUUGUUUAAAAUCAUGUACCUCUUAUUGGAUGGUAUAAAAAUGCUACAUAUUUUGUAAACAAAUCUGAGAAAAGUGUGUGUGCAUAUAUUCUGUAUAUUCAUAUAUGUAUAUUCUGUGUAUAUAUACACUAGUGUGUAUAUAUACAUAUAUACACACACACGUAUAUAUAUACACACAUGCAUAUGUGUGUAUAUAUAUACAUAUCUAUAUAUCUAUAUAUCUAUAUAUAUAUAAGUGUUUUCUCUUCCAGGCUAGUGAAAACAAUGUGGUGCAUUGGCGUUUCCCUUCUCCACCCCCAGAAAAAUAAUGACAAUUGCCUCUAAAUGAGUGAAUUAAAAAAGAGUCCAUUUAAGCUGAAUGGUGUGCCUUCCUCUGUAAGGAGCCUGGCCAGUGUUUGUUACUUUUGCAGUGGAUAUGUGAAUUCAGAGCAGAUAAGUAUAAAUCUUUAAACUUGGUAUGUUUGUUUGAAGUGACAGGCUUGGUUGACACAGGUAAUAUUGUUGUCAUAUAUACUUAAGACUGUGUAAGGCAUUUGACUGGUACUGCAUAACAUUUUGACUGAAAACUAAAACAAUACAAAAAUCAACAUGGCACACAUUAAAUGGAUUAAAAUGUG